AUUACAAAAAUGUUCUAAGUAAUAGUUGUUCCAGAAUAGCAUGAAGUUGUGCGUUCCACGCGUGUAUACAUGGUGCCAUGAGUGCUGAUAAUUCUUGUGCGGACGUGUCGGUACCUUUACGGAACCUUCUGAACUCGGUCCAGUGUAUUCGAGACCGAGUAAAGGAUGGGGAGUCCAACGAGUCCAAUGGGGUGUUCAACCUGUCAAACUUCUGGGAUACGCUGACGCAAGCAGUGAAAGCAGCCUCACAGGAAGCCACUAAACUCAGCCUUGCCUUCUCUAAGCCUCCCGUGCCAACACAAGAGGAUGGUGAGAAGUUUGCUGAAUCCAUCCAGAAGAGCAUUUUGGCACUAUCCACUGUGUAUUACUGGUUGCCCAAAAGCCAUGGUAUCACAUUGAGGAGACUGGUGAGAGAUGCCACAGCUGAGGUGCUAGAUGGUAUUGUGCAACUGGUGGACGUCAUCGUCAGUUCCCCACUACAGAGUUUAUCACAGGAACAGCUCCAAUCUACAGGUGGGGUGUGGUCAGCGUGUGACCAGUUUGCACAUUUACCAAGAGAUAACCGGGCAGCAGUGCUGGGGGUCUUGGCCUCCUAUAUCGGGGUGGUAAAGGAUGCCAUAGAGGAGAUGGAACAGGCGCAGGCCGAGAGCCAGGACCCAUUCAGUGACGUGCUGGAUGACGAGGACCAGGACUCGCGGGGCAACCAGGACACAUACUGGUCUGAGGAGGACCGCCAGCUCAUGGCGCCCUGCCAGGGCCUGAUGAAAGCAUCUGCUGCCUGCCUGAAGAAGCUGGUGUCUGCCGUCAAGGCCAAUGGCAACGUAAGCAUGCCAGAGACUGUGGCGCAGCUGGAUGACCUGGCUGAUAUCGCCAAGGAGAUCAGCCCCAGUGUUGAUGACCUGGUACUCAGUCUCUACCCACCCAUGGAUUACUCAGGAGUGGAUCAAAACGCAUGUAAACUGACCUUGGUGCUAAAGAAAGUGUUGGAUAUCAUCAGAGCGAGUCACGUGUGUUUAGAAGCAGACCUGAACUGGGUGCAGUUUCUGAACGGGGCCCUGGAUCACAACCUACAGAAGAUCAAAGCUCUGAUUCAAGGCUCCAGCUAGAUGACGAGUGGAGGGUGUGCGUGAGGUGAAUGGAGACAAAGGUGUGUGUGUGUGUGUGUACACGUUUAUGGAGAAAGGGAAGGUGUGUGCGCAUGUGUGAAGAGGACUGGGGCAUCCUCUCUGCCCCUGAGCUCAAUGGACUUUGUUGAAUGUUACACAAGUGUGUUUACUUCCCCCUUGUGUACACACUCUAUACAUCAUUAAGACAGACAUAUUUGCAAAACAUAAAAAUCUUGAUUCAUGUGUGUAUAAAUAUUUAUAGAUUAAUUUUGGCUUAACACUCAUCUAGCUGGAUGUUUUGCAGUGGCAUAAGUCUGUUUGGAGAUCUUUAAUCAACAGGCUUGACUUUGCAAAGAACAAUAACAAUAAGAUGCCGUUUGCAUAUACCUGUUUUCAUAGAAUUUGUACACAGUCAAACUACAGUAUUAUACAUUGAGGGAAAGCGAUUUCUGUGUACUUCUGCUGCCCACUUUUUGAAAAUUAGAAUUUUUGCUGAAUAUUGUUCAACAAUGAAGACCAUGCUAUAAAACAUGAUAAUGACCGGCACUUUGUAAAUACAAAAUAAAAGUAACUCGCCUUGCACUCAAA